AUGAUGUCUUCUGGAUAUAUUAAAUUCAGUAUACUUGAAUUUAAUCCUCAACUAGCUGGUCAAGAUAUAACUCCAGCUAAUCUUGAAUUUGGAUCAACAGCAUCACGACGUCGUGAUCGUCGAGAAAAAUCUUUGAGUGGUGUAUCUGGUUUUCAAGCUGUUCAAUCUGCACACCGUCGAUCAUCAUAUACCGUAACUGCUGAUGAAUUAAUUCCAUCAAUAAAUCAAUUACAUUCACUUGAUUCUUAUCAAUCAAGUGUAGAAUAUCGAUUACAAGAAUUAACUAAACGAUUAGUAACAUUAGAAACAAAAUUAACUGAAGAUGUUACUUCUGUACUUACCAUUCUUCAACGUCAAUUCCCUACAAAUUUAUUACCUUCUUCAUCGUCUGCUGAAACAUUGAAAGCUAAUAGCUGA